AAACGGCCCAGACGACCAGAGUGUACACACGGGCCGAUUUCAGGUCCAAUAGGCGGGCCGGUGCCUAUUUUCAGCCCGUUUUGUUUCAUCGAGACGGCCAGUAGCAGUUAUAUUUGAGGGCAGCACAUCACAUCCAUCGUCAACAACACACACAAGCCUCAGCGCGUCCACCCAUAGUUUCUCUGCAUCGGAAGCCAUGGAGCCUGCCGGUUCGAUCGUCAGCCGCAGCAGCGCUGCAAGCCGAAGGGAGGCAUCGAGUGGAGGAUCAUCAGGAGCCCGCGAUCUUGGGAGGGCGAUUGUCCUCGCAGACGGGAAGGCCCCGUGCGACGAGCUGGGCGACGCACAGCCGGUGCUGUUGUGUGCAUGCUCAAGGCCAGCUCUGUCGCUGAGGGCAAACACCAUCGCCAACCCCUACCGUUACUUCCUGAAGUGUGGGAAUCCAGCCCGCCCGCCAGUCAGGUGCGAGUCCUACAGAGGGAUACAGGGAUGUUUUUUGUGGAUUUGGGAAGAUCUGCUCAAGAGUUACACUGAUGCGAAAGUAGCUUACGCAACCAGGCGUCUCGAGGCAGAGAAUGCUGUGUUAGUCUCAAGGGGCAGGCGCCGCAUGAUGCAGAUGUUGCGAAUCUGCAGACGCAUCACGAGAAAGAGAUCGACGGGAUUCAAGCAGAGCUCGCUGAAGCGAAAGCAAACUCCCGCAAGCUGAAGAUCGUAAUCGCAUGCUUAGUGCUCUUCUGCAUGCUCAGGAUGGCCUGAUCCGUCAGCUUGCCUGAUGCUCUUCCUUGUCGCAGCAGUAGAAACGGGAGCCAGAACUUGAUGUAUCGUUUAUUACGUACCAGAUUACCAGUCAAUAAAUGCAAGCACCUUUCCCCCCUUUUUUUCA